AGAAUAGACUCUCCAAAACCAUCAACUUCAGGAGAAUCAGUAUCUUCUAGAGGGCACACCUUACUUGAGAAAUCUGGCAUGAGAUCUUUGGAGGCCACAUAUGUGAUGGAUGAAAAGGAGUUGAUCAGUGAGGUGAAAUCUCUAAUACUAAGAAAUGACCCUGAUAUUCUGGUAGGGUUUGAGAUCCAGAUGUUAUCCUGGGGCUAUCUUCUACAGAGAGCUGCACAUUUGGAUAUAAACCUCGCCCCAGCAAUAUCCAGAAUCCCAGAUGCUGCCAAGGAGAGCAGUUUUAAGGCAGAAAGAGAUGAGUGGGGAGCAGACACUAUGUCUGAGAUACAUAUAGCUGGGCGUGUAGUCAUCAACCUAUGGAGGAUUCUCAGACAUGAGGUGACACUGAAUGUGUAUACAUUUGAGAAUGUUGCAUAUCAUGUCCUUCACCAGAGGGAGCCACUGUUCUCAUUCAAACAACUUUCUACAUGGUACAAACAACCUGCACAUAAAAACAGAUGGCGUGUCAUUGAGUUCUACCUGACCAGAGUGAAUGGCAACCUUGCGAUAAUGAAACAGCUUGAUCUUAUUGGUCAAACAAGCGAGUUUGCACGUGUAUUUGGCAUAGAAUUUUAUCACGUGCUUAGCCGGGGAUCACAGUAUCGUGUUGAGUCUAUGAUGCUGAGGAUAGCAAAACCGAUGAGCCUUAUUGCCGUAUCUCCAAGCGUCCAACAGCGAGCCCAGCAAAAAGCCCCAGAAUGCAUCCCCCUAACCCUUGAGCCCCAGUCUAGGUUCUACAGCAAUCCUGUGAUAGUGCUUGAUUUCCAGUCUCUCUAUCCGUCCAUCAUGAUUGCCUAUAACUACUGUUUCUCAACAUGCCUAGGGCGAGUGGAGAACUUGGCUCAUGCACAUGAAGGUAUGUUCGACUUCGGCUGCACAUCAUUGGGAAUAGAUCCAAAACAGCUCAAGGAUCUCCGUAAUGACAUUACAAUUUCUCCAAAUGGCGUUGUAUUUGUAAAGUCGAAGGUGCGUAGAGGGAUCCUUCCAAUUAUGGUUCAAGACAUUCUCAAUACUCGCAUCAUGGUGAAAAAAUCAAUGAAACUCAACAAAGAGGAUAAGGCACUAGAAAGACUUCUCCAUGCAAGACAGCUGGGUCUUAAACUUAUCGCAAAUGUCACAUAUGGCUACACCUCCGCCAGUUUCUCCGGGCGCAUGCCUUGUAUUGAGGUUGGGGACAGCAUCGUUAGAAAGGCCAGAGAGACCCUUGAACGAGCCAUUUCUUUGGUGGAGAACACCAAAAAGUGGGGAGCCGAAGUUGUGUAUGGAGACACAGACAGUCUGUUUAUAUUGCUGAAGGGGAGAUCUAAAGAAGAUGCAUUUAGGAUUGGACAGGAGAUGUGUGAUGCUGUUACCAAUGACAACCCUAAACCAAUCAAGCUGAAGUUUGAAAAGGUGUAUUUGCCCUGUGUUCUGCAAACCAAAAAGAGAUAUGUUGGUUUCAUGUAUGAGACCCCAGAUCAGAAAGAACCUGUGUUUGAUGCUAAGGGGAUUGAAACAGUUCGCAGAGAUACAUGUACAGCUGUUUCUAAGAUCCUAGAGCGUUCCAUCAAGAUCCUAUUUACCAGUCGAGACAUCAGCGCUGUGAGAAACUAUGUCCAGUCCCAGUGCAAGAAGCUAAUAGAUGGCAGGGCAAAUAUCCAGGAUUGCAUCUUCGCCAAGGAAUAUCGAGGAAUGGCUGGAUACAAGCCUGGAGCAUGUGUACCAGCAUUAGAGAUUGCAAGGAAAAACUUGGUUGUUGAUCGCAGAUCUGAGCCCAGGGUUGGUGAGAGGGUCCCCUAUCUCAUAGUCUAUGGACCCCCUGGCUUGCCUCUAAUCCAGCUGGUGCGCAAGCCUGAUAUCUUCCUCAGUGACCCGUCCAUGCGGCUCAAUGCCACCUACUACAUCACCAAGCAGAUCCUACCUCCUCUAAAUAGGAUUUUUGCCUUGUUAGGAGUAGAUGUAUUCAAAUGGUACCAGGACAUGCCUAGAAGCACCAAAGUUGCUCCUGUAGCACCUGUAAAUGUGGCACAGAAGAAGGGUAUGAUAUCUCAGUAUUUCUCUACCAUGAACUGUGCCAUAUGUGAAGAACUCACCAAGAACAAUGUCUGUGAUGCCUGUCGUCGUGACCCCCAGAAUGUUGUCACAACCUUGAAUACUAAGAUCAGCAAGUGGGAGAGAGCAUUCAAUAGUAUUUCACAGAUAUGUGCCAGCUGCCAGGGAGUACCACAGGACAACCAGAAUUGCACAUCCCUCGACUGUCCAUUGCUCUUCAGGCUGCAUAGAGGGAAACAGGAUAUGGUUAAAGCUGAGCAAUACAGAGAGUUCAUUGCUAAACUGUUUUGACCCUAAUAUGAUCAAAUGUGAUGGAACUGACUGACUGAUGAAGCUGGAUGUUUUAAGAUGAAUAAUAACACAAACAAAGCUGAGUUUAUCACUUAAACUGCUUUGACCCCGAUUUGGAUUCAACAAAUGUAAUGGAUGUCCAAGCAUGAUCAUAAGUGACCAACUGACGAAAGUGGAUAUUUUAAGAUGAAUAAUGAUACAAACAUAGCU